AUGGCCAACUUCAGUGGAAAAUUGAAGCUACAGAAGACUAGAUUCAUCUACAUCGCCGAGUUAGCUGCCGAAAUCGAGGCCAACGUCAUCUCAGCUAUCAACAUUCAUGCUGCCAGGGCGAAACUCAGCAUACUCAAGAUCAACUGGGAGAAGUUUGCAGUAGACCAUGAGAAACUGGUCUCCUUCAAAUCUGGCAUAUCCCCAGAGCAUGAUUACUUCAAGAAAAAGUGGUAUGAACAAACCAUGAAGGGAUUCGUGCAAUCCGAGGCUGCUCUGUCUACUCGCAUAGCUGAAUUGGAAGCAAUAGAGCCUCCAGCUGGAGCUCUAUUAGUCGACGCAAGUUUCCAAGGGGCAUCUCAUCAUCGACCAUCUCUACCAGGCAUCUCCAUACCAAAAUUCUCCGGAAAAUUCUCUGAAUGGCGACACUUUCGAGACCUAUUCGUGUCAUUGGUUGGUGAGAAUCAGUCUGUCUCUGCAGUGGAAAAGAUGCACUAUCUCUGCGCUAGUCUUGAGGGAGACGCAGCCAGCUUAAUAGCCAAUCUCAAGAUAUCAGCUGACUCAUUCGCAUCAGCGUGGGAUACACUCACUACUAGAUAUGAGAAUAAAGGGCUUCUCAAGACUGCUCAUCUUUCCAAGCUUAGAUCACUUUCAAGGAUGGAACAACGAACUGCCAAUGGAUUAAACAACAUACUUACCACUGUAUCGGAGUGCGUAAAUGCUCUUAAGGCUCUUGGCUGCUCAGCUGAUCAUUGGGACGAUCUUCUGGUUUACGACAUUGUACAAUUAUUAGAUGUUAAGACUCAAAUGUGUGUUCAAGUGCACUUGGUGCACUGA